GAACUCUUCAAGUGUUAAAACGCCAAGUUGAAAAAAGCCAACGAUCAAACUUACAGCGAUCACUUUCGUUGCUUAUUUUCAUUCGGCAGCAUAAGUUAGAUAAAGAAAAAAUAUAAAAAAAAUCUGUUGAACUUUGAGAAGUAUAUUUAAAAUAAAUAUAUUCAGUUAACAACGCAACGAUGAUUCUAAAAAUAAAAUUUGUGUAUACAUAAAGAAAAAUGACAUUGAAUUAUUCAUACAAGACAAAAUAGAGAUCAAGAAUAAGAAAUGUUAUGUGAUGUGUGAAAAAUAUGAAAAUUACUUGCGAAUAAAUUGAAAAUUAUUCUUAUACAUAACGCCUUCGUAAAUAAACCCCGAGGAAACAUGCACAAAUUAAUGGAAAUAAAAAGACACGACAAUAAUUCAAAGUGUGAAUUACAAGAAGACGACAAAAGAAAUGAAAUAUUUUUAUCAGAGGAUUCUCAACUUGAUGAUUUAUACACGAGAUAUCGCAAGCGUCUUCGAAAAUCUCUCUUCAUUUCUGGCUUAGGGAUUUCUCUGAUAUCAUGUCUCGUAUCAAUAAUUCUCUGCAGUAUAGGAAGCCAGAGACCGUUGAGCAUAUCUUUUCUAACAAUAUCAAGUGCUGUCAUCAUAACAGUUUUAAUUGCUCUACAAUUUCCAUCCACAAUGAAUUCCCAUUGGAUUGCAAUGGUUUUUGCAGCUUGUGUAACAGCUGUGUUAGCUUGUACAGCAAUUAUAUCAGGAGGCGAAAUUGCAUCACUCCCACUUUACGCACUAAUAAUGGCAACUCAUACAAUGCUACCGAUAUCAUGGCCUGUUUCUGUAAUUAUGGCCAUAAUUUUAUCAAUGGUUCAUGUAGGAUAUAGAAUUUUCUCACCGCUGCAUAUGGACGAGUUUAAUUUUGCUCAAAUAACUGCAGAAAUAAUAUUUCUGGCUAGUGCAAGUGUUUCUGGCUUAUAUUAUCGUAUUAUGUCUGAUGCAGCUCAUAUCGCAACAGUUGAUGGCACUCGCACAGGAAUUGAACAUCGAGUGAAGCUCGAAUGUGAAAGAGAACAACAAGAGCAGCUAUUAUUAAGUGUUAUCCCUGCUUAUAUUGCAGCUGAAGUUAAACGGAGUAUCAUGUUAAAAAUGCACGAGUGUCAAUCUAGUGGGCAGUCUCAAACACGGUUUCACGAAAUGCACGUUCAACGUCAUAAUAACGUAUCGAUUUUAUAUGCAGACAUUGUGAAUUUUACACCAUUAUCUGAGCAACUUUCAGCCAGUGAUCUUGUAAAGACGCUUAAUGAACUUUUUGGACGAUUUGAUCAAUUAGCAAUGGAAAAUCAAUGUUUACGAAUCAAAAUUCUAGGUGACUGCUAUUAUUGUGUCUCUGGUUUACCCAUAUCUCGACCGCAGCAUGCAUCUAAUUGUGUAAAUAUGGGUUUGCAAAUGAUUGAGGCCAUUAGAAUAGUAAGAGAAGCAACGGGUAGUAAUAUUGAUAUGAGAAUAGGCGUUCAUAGUGGAAACGUUUUAUGUGGCGUACUUGGUCUUCGUAAAUGGCAGUUUGAUGUGUGGAGCGAUGAUGUAACUUUAGCAAAUAAAAUGGAAUCUGGAGGACUCGCUGGGCGAGUACACAUCACUAAACCAACUUUAGAUUACUUAGGUGACAAAUUCGAAGUAGAGCCUGGUAAUGGAGCUUCACGUGAGCCAUACUUAUCGGAUCAUAAAAUUGAAACAUUUCUUAUCGUUCCGCCAAAGAAAUCCUGUCAAGAUUUAAGUAAACUAGCAGUUCAACAAACAUCGAUUUGUAUAUCAGAACCUCCAGAUUCACCGAUCUAUGAAUUUGUAUUAAACAAUGAGCAGUCUUCUUUUUCAUCACACCCAAUUAACAUAAAUAUUUCACCAGUAUCUCCUCCGACUAGUCCAAAGGAAAAUUUAGAAGAUGAAUGUAAUCAACAAAAACAAGAUGAACCAGAUUCAAAUGGCAAUGAAGAGGAAAAACAAAAUCUUUUACCUUUAAAUAAUAAUAUACAAAAUGUUCCUGCAACCAUUGACGAAGAACAUGAAGACUCAACUAAAAACAAAUCAUCAUUGUCCCUUCCACAUGACAGUACACAAAUUCCCUCUAUACCAUCGUCAAUAAAUGCCAAUAAUCAUGCCAAUAGCAAUGGCAAUCCUAUAAGCAAUCAUUUGCCAUUAACAAAUACAACAUCAAUGCCCAAACCAUCAUUAUGUGAACGGUCUCAAAGCGAUAGAAGAAAGUUAUCCGUCUCAAAUAUUAUAAGCUUUGGUGAGCAGCGGCGUCGUUCGACUAGUUCAAUAUUUUCUGAUAUGAGAAAAAUGUCAAUUACAAAUUUUGAUAGCCUCAAAUCACCUGGAAUCGCUACACCAAGCAAUCCAUCUAGAGCAAGACCAUCAUCGAAAAUGACGAAAUAUGUUGAAUGUUGGGGUGCUGAUAAGCCUUUUGCUAAUAUUACUGACUCAAAAAUGGCCAAAAAUAUAGGACUUGCUAGUAUAGCAAUGAUUGAAUCAAAUUUAUUACCGGAAGAGAGCUAUUGCAAUGAAUGCCAAUGUUGGGGUGCACCUAGAGAACUACAGCCAGUUACAAUGUGGUACAGGAACAAAGCAAGAGAAACAAUGUAUCGCUCGCAGCCAGAGCCUACGUUUCGUUUUGAUUUGAUAUGUGCAACAGUCAUGUUUAUCUCAAUUGCUUUCAUUCAACUUAUUGUUUUCGAAAACAAUAUACCUAUAAUUGGAUCUCUGAGUGCAACAAGUAUAUCUAUAGGAUUAUUUUUAUAUCUAAGUCACUAUGAGAUGUCAGAAACUUCCCAGCCUGGAAAUAAUGGACCGGGCCAGAUUAUAUCGUCAGUUAGAUCUAUUCGAUUAGCGAUAUUUAUAAUAACGACUUCACUCAUUGCAACAUGUGCUGUAUUUAAUGUAAUUAGUUUCGGAGAAAGUUCUUCUCCAGAAGGAAUUCAGAAUAAUAUUGAACUCAAUAUAAAUAAUGAAAAUAACACCAACACUACGAAUGAUACUUUAUUAAAUACAACUUUUACGCCAUCAGAAACUACACAAUUCAGUCCUUUAGCUCAAGAGUUGGAUAUUCCACCGAUUUAUUUAUUUCUAUGUGGUUUAAGUUUAUCUGCAAUUUCUGCAUUUUUACAUGCUGGCUUCAUCUUAAAACUCAUCAUGAUGUUAAUCACAGUUACUCUACAGACAUUGAUACUAUACACAAGUCAAAAGUUUGAGGAUUAUGAAGAUUAUGAGUCUUAUGUUCAUGGAGAUGUUAUGCCAUUGGCAGUACGGGGAGGUUUAUUGCUUUUGUUGGUAGUCGCCGUACUUCAUACACUCGAUAGACAAGGCGAGUUUGUGUCUCGAACGGAUUUUCUUUGGAAAGCUAAACUGAAAAUUGAACAAGAGGAAGUUGAAACUAUGCGAGGUAUAAAUAAAAUAUUGCUCGAAAAUAUUUUACCUGCACACGUUGCACAACAUUUUUUAAAGAAAGAAGUGACAAAAGACUUGUAUCAUGAAAGUUAUUCCAGUGUUGGUGUAAUGUUUGCUUCAAUACCAAAUUAUAAGGAAUUUUAUGAUGAAACAGAUGUUAAUAAGCAAGGACUAGAAUGUCUUAGAUUACUUAAUGAAAUAAUUUGUGAUUUUGACAAAUUACUCUUAAAGCCAAAGUUUAGUGGAAUUGAGAAAAUCAAAACAAUUGGCAGUACGUAUAUGAUUGCAAGUGGAUUAAGGCCAGGGAAAGAAGAAGGAGCUUUUAAGAAUAAUGAAGCGGAUGCAAAACGAACAGAAGAACACAAUGUGGUCAUUUUGGUUGAUUUUGCUAUCUCGUUGAUGCAGACUCUAGAUACAAUCAACCGAGAAAGUUUUCAACGCUUCAGAUUACGGAUUGGAUUAAAUCAUGGACCCGUAAUUGCAGGAGUCAUUGGUGCCCAAAAACCUCAAUAUGAUAUUUGGAGCAAUACAGUUAAUGUAGCAUCUAGAAUGGACUCAUGUGGAGUCUUAAACAGACUUCAGACCACAGAGAAUACUGCAAAAGUUUUGAUGGCAGCAGGAUAUGGAUGUGAAUGUAGAGGACCGAUUCAUGUUAAGGGAAAAGGAAUUUUAACGACAUACUUCGUAAAGACACCAUUCGAUGAUAAAUUAUAAUUUGCGUUCUCUUUUUUAAACUUACAAUGGACAGAUGUCAUUUAUGCAUAGCCAUGGGUGUAGACAGUUUUUGGAUUGUACUGAAAAAUUUAGAGGGAGGCUGGAUUAACUUUAAAAAAAAUUAAAACGCUUUUGCAUAGAACAUGGAAUGAGCUGUAUGAAAAAAAAAAUUAAAGACAUUUUGUAAAAAGCUCCUACUUUUAAAAUUCUUAAACAAAAACAAUUAAAAAGGAAAGUUUAUUUUGAUGGAAUUCAUAAUUUUUUGAUAGCUGAUGGUAAUUAUACCCUGAAAUACUUACUUCGGCCGAACAAAGCAAGGCCGUGGAAAAUAUUAAAAAAAAUUUUCAUAUGAAUAAUAGUUCAAAAAAACGUUAAAAAAAUGCAUUUGCACCUAAAACAGUCUCAUUGACACAACACUCUUCUGAAUUAGAACAUUCAUAAAAUAAGUUUUUAUUUUGUUUGUGAUAUACAAAGAUAUUUAAAGUUUUUUUCUGUUUAACUAGCUGAUCAGAUUAGUGAAGAACCCGAAUAGCACAAGGAGGAUAAUCGAGAUGAAAUCUUAUACCAGCGCCUUUCUGAUUUAAAAUUUCGUCUCGUUUAUCCGACUUAUGCUACUCUGGGAAAGUACAAACCAUAUUGUUGACACUCUUAAGUGUUUUAAAAAUUGAGUUUUUUAUUUUCUAAGUUUUAGAAAAAGCAAUAAUUAUUUUUCAAUUUAAAUAACUUUUGUGUUUUUCCUCAAUUUGUAAAGAUCAUCUCCGAUUACAUAAAAUGCUUCCUUAUUUGAUUUAUUUAACAUUCUAUUGUUAAUAGAAAUUAGAAACUGAAAUUUAAAAGUCUGACUUAAUAUUGAAGCUAGUGCAAAUAUUAAGAAGAAAUUUAAUGUCGUUCAUAAUAUUUCGAAAACAUUCAAGUAUAUUUUCAAAUGUUGUUUUAUCAAGUAGUUGUAGACCAUCAAAUAUACUCUAUCAAUUUCGCUAUUAUCAUGAAGAAAAAAAAUAUCAAUAAAAUGAAAAGAGCCAAAUUUAAAUAUAAUUGAUUGAUUGAUUAGAGUUAGAUGAAAGUGUUUAAAAAAUAACUUAGGACUAAAUUAUAAAACUGAAUAAAUUUUAUCAGCAUUUUGUAAUUGAAAUAAUUUAUUUAAAAAUUGAUGCACGGAUAUUUGCAGAACACCAAAAACUUAAAAAAAAAACAUUUUUCAUUUAAAACAUUUUUGAUCUUUUAUUUUGACAAGAAUUAGACAAGAAAGAAAAAUAAUAAUUUAAAAAUGAAUGAAAUAAUACAAACACAAAUAAGCUUUAAUUCUAAUAUAAUUCACUUUUUUGUCAAGAUCAAGUUACAAUCGAUAAAUAAAAAUAUUAGAGAGAAAUAAUUAUUAUCUUGUUAGAAAACCAAUUAAUAUGAAGCUUUCAAUCACAAAAACUCCAGAGCGUGCUGUAAAAAGUUUUGACAAGAAAUGCUUAAGAUAAUAAAUUCGAUUUAUUUACUUGAUAACCUUUUGGACCUCUUCUAUAUAGAUGAAAUGAACCCUUAAAACUUUCAUAAUUAUUUUCUAAGACUUUGAAAUCAAAAAGAGCUACUAAAGUUUUUUGACAAUCAACCUUUUACUAUCAAAUGAUAGACAUUAAACAUAUACAAUUUGAUCAGUUCAUUUAUUUCUACCAGACAAGGAUUAUUAUAGUUUUUAUUCAAGAAUGUACAAGUUUUGAUAUUGUUGCUGUUAUUAAUUUUUAAAAUUUCAAUCAUUUAAAUUGCCCACUGUUUUUUUAAUUUGGUUUAAUUAAGAACUAUUGUAAAAAUUUAAAAAAAUAACCUUAAAAGUUAACACAAAAAUUUUGAAGUACUUUUCGUCACGAUAUUAAUUAAAUUUGAACAAAAAAGGAUUGUAAAAUAUUCAAAUUAAUAAACUGAAAUCAGAU